UUUUGCUUUUCAAACUAUAUUCACAACGACGUUAUUUUGAUUUUCGAAGCUGUAUUUUGAUAAAUACUGUCUGUUCUGUAUUUUGAUGAUUAUAUACGCUGGCUUUUACAAUUUUUGAUCACAAUGAAUUCGACAACUAGCGAUUAUACCGAAAUGAAUAGGACUUCCCUAGAAAAUAAUUUCCAUUAUAGAUGUUCUUUGAGUUCAGUGAAGAAAAAACCCUAUUUGCCAAGGAAAAUUCUCAAAUUGGCCCCACUGAACCUGAAGGAAAUCAAGAAGGAACUUGAAGAAGCCGAUAGAAAUGGUGAUUCUGAAAGCAAAUACAGUUCUGAAAGGGAACCCAAAGAUGUGAAGGAUAGUGCUGAGAAAGUUCUCAAGGAUAUAUCCAACCAUUUACAGGAGAAAUUUGAUGAUAUAUCUGAAAUAAGCAUGGAAAAUGAGAAUAAGACUAGUUUGAGUGUUAUAAUGAAACCUGAUGUAGAAUUGCAGAAAGAAAAUGAAGUGAUUUCUUCUGGAACUUCAACUAGUUCUCAGGAUAAUCAUUGUUCUGAUUCCACUCAUGCUCAUGUAGUAUUCAAAUCCCAGAACAAUGACAGUUUUGACAUGGAUUUUUCAGCUCUAUCUCUCAAAACUCCAGUGAAAGCAGUGGAAAGAACAUGCUCAACUCCAAUAGUUUGCCAAGACAGUGAAACUGCCAAAUUCAAUAAACAAGGAACUGUGAGUGUGAAUCAAAAACUUGGCAUGAAACAAAAAUACCUGGAAAAAUACUCUAUGCCUAAAAAUCAGUUUGUUACUCCCAUAAAUCUCAUGAGGAAAUCAAGUGCUAAAUUCAGCACACCAUAUCUUGAUAACAUGAAAAAUAUAUCAGAAAGUGCUAAGAAAAACAUUGUGUGUUCUAUUCCAAAAACUGUUCCAAAAGAUGAAACUUUCAACAAAAUAGUAGUAAAUAAUAUUGAGUACCUCAUUUUGAGCCUACUAGGUAAAGGAGGUAGCUCAGAAGUAUACCAGUGUUUUUGUUUGGGAAAAAAGCUUCUGGUAGCCAUAAAGAGUGUCAACUUGCAGGAUGAAGCUUCAGCUGAGGGUUAUAUAAAUGAAGUUAAGUUACUGCAACAACUACAGAACUGUGAUAAAAUCAUAACAAUGUAUGAUUUUGAGAUAGUAGAGUCUCAGAAAAAGCUGUACAUGGUCUUGGAAAGAGGUGGUGAUGAUUUGUCCACAAUUUUAAAGAAACUGUCACUGCAAAGUUCCCACCUUCCAUGGUUUACUCUCUUAUUUUACUGGAUGAAUAUGCUACAUGCUGUACAGCAAAUCCAUAGCCAUGGAGUGAUACAUUCAGACUUGAAACCAGCCAAUUUCAUCAAUACAGACAAUGGUCUCAAACUCAUUGAUUUCGGUAUAGCCUCAUCUGUGCAAAAUGAUGAAACAAGUGUGAUAAAAACAAGAUCUGAAGGUUCUUGUAACUACAUCAGCCCUGAGGCUCUCAACUGUGACACCUCAGGUCCGAAUUUCAGGCAGGGGAGGUACAAAGUUCAUUUUAAAUCUGACGUUUGGUCCCUAGGCUGUAUUUUGUACCAGCUGGUGUAUGGAAAAACACCUUUCCAUCAGUUCACCACCCUUUGGUCCAAGCUGGCUUAUAUUCUGGAUCCAAAUCACAAAAUCCAGUACCCUGAUGCAGAUGGGGUGCCUCCUAAAUUUUUGAACACUAUCAGGCAUUGUCUGAGGUAUGAUGUGAAAGCUAGACCUUCUGUGGAACAGCUGAUAGGGGAGUGUGAGCAGAUUUUGCAUAAUCUUUAGUUUAAAUUAGUUCUUUAAUAAUUCAUUGUAUAUAUUGUAUAGUAUUUUAACACACUUUUAUUUUUCUGUAAUAUUCAAAAUGUUUGUAUUGGUGUCAAAUAUUUUUGUAUAUUAUUAAUUUACACAUAAAUUUUUUAAGACUU